UAGUUUACUCAACUAUCGAUAUACCGAUAGGAAUCUUAAAUUUUAUACAUUUACAAUUACUUGCAUAAAAUUCUUGUCACAUUAUUGUAUACUUUUAUUUAAAACUAUUGUUACUAACAAAAAUGCCACACGGACACUCGCAUGAUCAUGGCCGCGGCUGCAGUCACGAGGCAACCGAUAUCGACAAUGCAUUGGAAAUGGGCAUCGAAUACAGUUUAUAUACAAAAAUUGACAUCGAGAAUACAGAAUGUUUGAACGAAGAAACCGAUGGCAGCGGCAAGACCGUAUUCAAGCCUUACGAAAAACGUUUGGAUACCAGCAAGUUUGUGCAAAGUGAUGCAGAUGAAGAGCUUUUGUUCAAUGUACCCUUUACCGGCAACAUUAAGCUAAAGGGCAUUAUCAUCCGAGGCUCCAAUGAUAAUACACAUCCGAAUAGGCUUAAACUCUUUAAGAAUCGACCAAAGAUGACAUUUGAUGAUGCCCGUGGUAAGGCGGAUCAGGAGUUCGAAUUGACGCGCGAUUGUCGGGGAGAAGUUGAAUACUCGCCCAAAGUCGUGACAUUUUCCUCUGUGCAUCAUUUGUCGCUGCAUUUCCCUAGCAACUUUGGUGAUGAUAAUACACGCAUUUACUAUAUAGGAUUUCGCGGUGAGUUUACGGAGGCACAUUAUCAUGGCGUGACAAUUUGCAACUAUGAGUCACGUGCCAAUGCCGCCGAUCACAAGGAAAAAGCUUUCGAUGGUGUGGGUCGAGCCAUACAGUAACAAACAGAUUAAUGAAUCGAGAGGAAAGAGAAUAUAAAAGCACUGAAUUUGUAAUACUUACGAUGCUGUAAAUUAAACUUUUACACUAUAGAGAAA